CCCGUCAUGCCCCGCGCGCGGCCUGUUCCUGCCGGAAGUGGCGGCGGGUCCUUCCGGUUGGGAGCGUGAGGGCGGCGGAGGCGAUGCCGACCGGGGACUUCGACUCCAAGCCCAGCUGGGCCGACCAGGUGGAGGAGGAGGGAGGAGAGGAUGACAAAUGCAUCACGAGUGAGCUGCUGAAGGACCUCCCCCUGCCCGGGGUCCUGGGGGGCCCCUCCAGCGCCGAGGCCGAGCUGCUCAAGGGAGGGCCCCUCCCAUCCCCCAAGGAGCUGAUCAACGGGAACAUCAAAACCAUCACGGAAUAUCGGGAGGAGGAGGAUGGACGCAAGGUCAAGAUCAUCCGGACCUUCCGCAUCGAGACCAGAAAGGCCUCCAAGGCCGUGGCCCGUCGGAAGAACUGGAAGAAGUUUGGGAACUCGGAGUUCGACGCCCCCGGGCCCAACGUGGCCACGACGACCGUGAGCGACGACGUCUUCAUGACCUUCAUCACCAGCAAGGAGGUGAGGGGGGCUGGGGGGGCUCAGGUGUGUCCCUGUACAGGUGAGGGGGGCUCAGGUGUGUCCCUGUCCCCUGGG